AUGGAGGCAUAUGAGGAUUAUGAGACUUACCUGAGGUCACUCGGUGAAUCGGGGAAGCUAUGGGACAAGAGUCAGUCUGGUGAAAUAUCUUCCAAAACCACUGAUGCACCCAGACUUGUUGACUUACAGUGGAAUCCAGACAAGGCUCUUUUUUUGAAAGAACCGCAGCUAGUAAUUCGAAGCUUUGUGUCUGAACCUAGAGAGAUUACUUGUUCCGAGUAUUUGGAUAUAUGGAAACCCUUAAAUGUGUCCUCUAUUCUCACGGAUUCGUCCAUCUCAAACUUUGAAGUUGUGCAAGUUAGCAGAGAUGUAUCUAAUGAUUUCUCCACUGCCAGAGAAUUUUGUCUAUCCGCUUGUUCAAAGAACCAGUCAUGUACAAUGGUUACACUGGAAAUCCAGCCUUCAGUGAUAAGGUGCCUUUUCUACCCUGAUACACAGAUAUGCACACAUGGUCUACAAGGGCAUCGCUGCUGGGUUUUACUCAAAGAGCCAGCUACAUAUUCCUACAGGAGACAAGAUUUAUUCCUGCCCAUAUCUGAAUCGGAUUUAACCCCAUCUGUGUACAUCCCGUCCCAUGGAGAUCUGAUAGGCAAGUCCCAGGUGAUCCGCAUUGGCUCAGAGUGGAAAAAUAUCAGCCGGUUCCUGGGGAUCCCAUAUGCUUCACCUCCCCUUGCAGAGAGGCGUUUCAGUCCUCCAGGGACAUUUUCUUGGGUGGAAACCUGGAAUGCUACUGUGGCUCGGGCAGCUUGUUGGCAGCCAGGAGAUGGAGACGCCCCAUCAUACGCUGUCAGUGAAGACUGCCUCUAUCUGAACGUCUUUGUUCCUGCCACCACUGUCAAAAACAUGUCAGUGUUGCUGUUCUUCCACAACGGAGGGAGUUACAAUGCUGAGGUGGGAAAGACAACCGUAGAUGGAUCAUACCUAGCUGCCGUCAGUAAUGUCAUUGUUGUGAUAGCAAGCUACCGGGUUGGUGUUUUUGGCUUCCUUAGUACCGGCUCUCCUGAGGUGAGUGGAAACGCUGGCCUUUUGGAUCAAUUGGCAGCUUUGAAGUGGGUGCAGCAGAACAUCGCUAGCUUUGGAGGAGAUCCAAGCCAGGUUUCUUUAGGAGCUGACCGUGGUGGGGCAGAUGUUACCAGCAUUCACCUACUCACAGAGGCUGCGGAUAUGGAUCUCUUCAGGAGAACGUUGCUGAUGGGAGGUUCAGCUUUUUCUCCAGCAUCUAUUAUUACUACGAGGAGAGCGCAGACCCAAGCAGCAGUCCUGGCCGAAGAUGUGGGAUGCCCUAUAUCCAACAGCGAGGAAAUUGUAGCCUGCCUCCGCCAGUUGCCUGCUCGUGUCCUCAAUGAUGCACAGACUAAGCUUCUAGCUAUAAGUGGUCCAUUCCAGUACUGGGGUCCAGUGAUGGACGGAAUUUACGUUCAGGAACCUUUAGCUAAAGCCCUGCAGCGCCCUCGACUUCGGAAAGUAGAUCUGCUUAUUGGAAGUGCUCAGCAAGAUGGGUUGAUCACCAGAGCUAAGGCAAUUAAGAAAUUUGAAGAAAGUCAAGGAAGAGCCAACAGCAAAACAGCCUUUUAUCAGGCUCUGCAAAAUUCUCUAGGAGGAGAAGACUCCAACUUGUUCAUUGAAAGUGCGGCUACAUGGUAUUACUCCCUUGAACACUCAAACGAUGAUUAUUCAUCCUUUUCCAGGGCUUUGGAAAAUGCCACCCGUGACCAGUUUAUCACAUGUCCCAUCAUAAACAUGGCCAGUUACUGGGCUGCUGCCUCCAGAGGAAAUGUCUUCAUGUACCAUGUACCUGAAAAUGAAGGCCAUUAUGCUGCGGAGUUCUUGCUGGAUGUUCAGUAUGCAUUCGGACUGCCAUUCUACCCAAAGUAUGAAGAACAAUUUACUCUGGAAGAAAAGAGCCUUUCCUUGCAAAUUAUGCAGUAUAUCUCCAAUUUUGUAAAUUCUGGGAAUCCAAACUACCCUCAUAGUUUCUCAAGAAGAAUGUCAGGGUUGAUGCCCCCUUGGCCAAUGUAUCUGGCAAAUGAUGAUGGUGGUAACUACAAGGAGUUCACUGUUUCCUUGCCGACUCUCAAAGGAUUGAAAAAAGCAGACUGUUCCUUUUGGUCUGAUUAUAUUAGAAGACUGAAAGCAUUCACAGGAAGUGCGAGUAAUGGAGAGCCAUCUGCAGAAAACAGCCCCAGCGAAGCUCCCAGUGAAGAACGUACUUCCCCGGAGAGUCAGCCAGUGGGAGACAAGGUGGCUUACAGCAGAUAG